AUGGCCACAAGGCAAAUGUCUGCAGUAAAAUCACAGACGUGUUCUCGGAGUUUCAGAAGAGCUUUGGCGUUAGCCUUCAACGAGUGGCUACUAAUGUUGAUGCUCUUUGUCAACUCCAUAUUCUCCUACGUGAUCACAUGGUUCGCAGAUUACUCUGAGCUCCAAUCUCCAUGUCUCAUGUGCUCAAGGCUUGAUCAUAUUCUCGGCAGGACAAAACAUCCGAAGAGAUCUCAUUGGGACACGGUUUGCUCUAAACACCAAUCAGAGAUCUCCUCUUUGGUUUACUGUCACGCUCAUGGCAAGCUUGUGGAUGUCCGUGGAAUGUGUGAGACUUGCCUUUUCUCCUUUGCGACAACAAAUAAGUCCAAUGCUGAGACUUACAGAUUGUUAGUUGGGAAAUUGGGUGAAGACUCUUCUUGCUUUGAAUCCAAGACUGGUCGAAGCUCAAAUCCAAGAAACUGUACAUGUUGUGAUCAGCUUUGGAUGCCACAAACCGCUUCAUCUACUGAUCAGGUGGCUAAACCGGCUUCAACGCUAGCCAAGAUUCGUUUGGGUGGUGAUGUGAGAACCGGGAAACAGUCUACUACGCCCAAGAAGAGUGUCAGGUUCAAUGAUUUGCCUCAUGUUGGGUACACUGAGCUCAAGUUUCAUUCAGAUACUGAAUCAGAAGCUGUGUUUUCAGAAGAUGAAGGUGUUAAGGAAGAGAAUCACAAGUAUCAUCAACUCGUGGAUCUUGAGACUCCUCCUAGUAGUAUCACCUUGCCUUACGACUUGGCCACUGACAAGCUGCUAAACCUUGAUUUCUCUUUGGUGGCUCGUGGAACUAAUCCCUUUUUUCCUGAGUUUAUUCCGUUUAAUGGUGUGUUCGAAACAUCAGAAGAAAAGGUGUUGAAGGAAGAAGAGAUCAUUCCAUUGGAUAGUCUUUUCUUAACAUCACACGCCAUGGAACAUUCUCAAGCUGUUUCGAAGGAGAAGGAAGACUUGAUUCAACUCCAAGAUGUUUUUUCAACAUCAGAUAUUCCGGAAACUGCCUUAAUGGAGGAUGCUGAUCUUAUUCCAGUAUCAGAGAAGGUGUUGAAGGAAGAAGAGAUCAUUUCAUUUGAUAAUCUUUUCUCAACAUCACGCGCCAGUGAACAUUCUGAAGCUGUUUUGAGAGAGAAAGAAGACUUGAUUCACCUCCAAGAUAUCUCUUUAACACCAGAUUUGAAGGAAAAUCCUGAAAAUGAUUCAAGGGAGGAGACUGAGCUGGUUUUACUUGAUGGUGUGCCUGAUGUGUUCAAGUUGGAAGAUAUCCUUUCGUUUGAUAAUCUUAUGGCAUCACGCGCCAUGGAUCAUUCUGCAGCUGUUUUUAAGGAGAAGGAAGGCUUGAUUCACCUCCAAGAUAUUUCUUCAACACCAGAUUUCAAGGAAAUUCCUGCAAAUGCCUCAAUGGAGGAGACUGAGCUUAUUUGCCUCAAUGAUGUUACUACAACAUCAGAUGCUCCUGAAACUCUUGUAGAUGUCUUUAUGGAGGAGAUUGUUUCAAAGGAGAAAGAAGAUCCGAUUCACCUCCAAGAUGCUUCUUUAACACCAGAUUUGAAGGAAAAUCCUGCAAAUUCCUCAAAGGAGGAGACAGAGCUUGUUUGCCUCAAUGAUGUUACUACAACAUCAGAUGCUGCUGAAACUCCUGAAGAUGUCUUAACCGAGGAGACUGUUUUAAAGGAGGAAGAAGAUGCAAUUUGCCUCCAAGAUACUUCUUUAACACCCGACUUUAAGGAAGAUCCUGCACAUGCCUCAAUGGAGGAGACUGAGCUUAUUUGUCUAAAUGAUGUUUCUUCAACAUCAGAUGCUGCUGAAACUCCUGAAAAUGUCUUAGAGGGAAUUGAACUUAUGCCUCUCCCUGAUUUUUCUCUAGACGAGGUUCCUGAAUCAUUCACUACAAAUGAAACCUUGGUUGAGACGUCGAUGGAGAGGGACACAAGCCAAGCUGAUAUCACCUUACUGGAACCUGAAUAUGUAGUUGUAUCAUCUUCAAGAUCUGUAGAAUCCAUGCCUGAAAGUUCAACCAAAAACUGUGUAACAGAAAUCAAGGAAAUUACAGAGACAGUCUCUUCUGUGUCUGAGAUGGCUUCUCACACAGAAGCAGCUCUUGAGUCAGAAUCUUCAUCUUUCAACUCAAUGUCGGUGGCAGCGGAUACAAACCUCGGUUCAGGUGAGUCUUGGAUGCAGAGAGGUGAGUUAAUGGAUCUUGCGGAUGCAUACAAUAUCAUCGUACACAGUGAAGGUAACAAUGAUAGUAAUGGAGGAGCAGAGAUAGAGCAAUGGAUGAAGAAAGACACUUCUAGAGUCAGCGAAGACCUUAAAGCACUUCUUACUCAAAUAUCAGCUUCACGUGGGAUAGAGUUCUUGUCGCCAAGAGAUAUAAGCCCCAGGGUAUGCAGUGAUCAGGAGACAAAGAGCCUUGAUCUUGAGAUGCAGCUGCUACUUCAAAAGAGAAUGCUCGAAAGGAAUGAGAGCAACUUGUCGUUGGAAGGAGUUGCCGUGAGCGAAAUCGAGGGAGAAAGUGAGAGUGAUCGGAUGAAAAGACAGGUUGAUCAUGACAGGAGGUUGCUGUCUGGUUUAUACAGAGAGUUGGAGGAAGAAAGAAGCGCUUCAGCGGUUGCUACAAACCAGGCAAUGGCUAUGAUCACGAGGUUGCAGGAGGAGAAGGCGCUGUUCCAAAUGGAAGCUUUGCAGAACCUGAGGAUGAUGGAAGAGCAAGCAGAGUAUGAUAUGGAAGCGAUACAGAAACUGAAUGAUUUGGUUGUUGAGAAAGAGAAGCUAAUUCAAGAUUUAGAAGCUGAGAUUGAGUACUUCCGGGACCAUACACCGGAGAAGAGAAAGCUAGACUUUGACUCGCCUAGUGAGAGGAUGAACAGCAAGAUACAGGAUUGUUUGACUGGAUUCAACGAAGAGAGAUUGUAUAUCGCCAGUUGUUUGGAGAAGAUUGAAAACAGAGUAAGUGGGGAGGCUCAUGUCGAUAAUGUAGUAACACAAGAAUCUGUUUCUGAGCUACAUGAGAGAGUGGAAAUGUUGAAGGGAGACUUAUACUUCCUAGAACAUGUUGUGAACUCUCUCGGGCACGGGGAGGAAGGCGUGCAAUUCGUUAAGGAAAUAGCUUCUCAUUUGCAGAAUCUGAGGAGUCUCAGCAUGAAAAGACAAGAUCAUACAGAGAGUUGA